AUGCUCACUCAGGCCUUUCCGCCGCGGCCGCAAUUUACCGAAAAAGAGAUAUCUGAUCUUACCGGAAGGGUAUGCAUCGUGACGGGAGCCAACACGGGAGUCGGUAAAGAGGUCGCGCAGAUCCUCUACUCCAAAAACGCUACCGUUUACGCCACAUCUCGCUCCGAGGCAAAGGGGCGUGCUGCCAUCGCUUCCAUCAAGGAGGCCGUUCCCUCAUCCAAAGGGAAGCUCGAGCUGCUGAUUCUUGAUCUGGCCGACCUGACCACCGUCAAGCCCGCGGCUGAGGCUUUCCUUUCCAAAGAGACGCAGCUCCAUGUCCUCAUCAACAAUGCAGCUGUCAUGAUGCCGCCGCAGGGCAGCAAGACUGCCCAGGGUUACGACCUGCAGCUAGGCACCAACUGCGUCGGCCCCUUUCUCUUCACGAAGUUGCUCACUCCUAGUCUGGUAGGAACGGCCAAGACAGCGCCGAAAGGCAGCGUGCGCGUUGUUUGGGUCUCGAGCUCCGCCGCCGAGGUCUUCGCUCCUACUCCUGCCAUCGAGAUUGACAACCUCGACUACAAGCGAGAUAGGUUGAAGGAAGUCAAGUACGGAAUCAGCAAGGCAGGCAACUAUUUCCACGCUACGGAAUUCGCGAAACGGCACAAGGCCGAUGGUGUCAUCAGCAUGGCAUUGAAUCCCGGGAAUCUUUCGUCUGAUCUCGACCGCCACAUCACUGCACUGCUUCCCCAGCUAUUCAGGAAAGCGACAACUUAUCCUCCCAUCAAUGGUGCCUACACCGAACUCUUUGCUGCGCUUUCACCUGAGGUGACCUCGGAAAGAACUGGAGGCUGGAUUGUUCCUUGGGGUCGUCUCUAUUCAAUCAGAAAAGAUCUAGUUCAGGGUUCCAAGUCUCGCGAGGAGGGCGGGACUGGGCUUGGUGAAGACUUCUGGAAAUGGUCAGAAGAACAGGUGAAGGAGUAUCUCUGA